GGGUGAGCUUAACCUACUAAAGUCAAUAAAAUUAUGUAAUGCACUCUGAGUAUUAAAGUCACCAGAUCUUCAUGCCAACAAGUGUCUGCAACGAGACUGUGUACAAUCAUCAUCCGAGAACGAAGACUGAAAGCGUUUUACCUCUUCUGACUUUUCCGGCGACCAUGAAACAUUGGCUGAGGAGAAAUCAUCCAUGCAACUUUUUCAAUCUUCAAGAUGGGAAGCAACUGAUCAGCACCACUGGUAGAUUUGCCAGACAAAUGGUAGAAUCAUGUGAUGGUGAUGAAAAAGAAUUAAAGAAAACAAACAAGAGAAUUAUAUCAUCCAAAGAGAUCAAAUUAAUAUGGGCAAAUAAUCGACAAACAAAUGCAGUGUUCAGUAAACUUGGAGCAGAGGAUAUUGUCACUCGUUAUGAUAAGCUUUUGCAUGAAUGGAAGUUGUUGAAAGAUGCCGAACAAGACUUUAAGAAGAUUAUGGGUUUGGAUCUUGAUCGACCUCUCACACGCUGCUUGGACAGUAUUCCUCCUGACAUGAGGAUUGGUUUCAGUCAUGGUACAGAUGACAGUGAAUAUGAGUUUCACCUGGAUGUUCACCCUUUAGUAUCAGUCGAUAAGCUCAAACCACCAGUGGCAGAACAACUGAAAACAGCCAUGCAUCUCUUCAGCGUAAUAUCCAGCACAAUGAACUUCGUGAAGUCAGAAGGAGCAUCAAUACAGAGAGAUCUUGAAAAGUUGAUCGCUAAAUUUAAGAAUGAAAAAGAAACCUGUGUGAACAUAAUGGGAGUGCGACGCAGUGUGGAACUUCUAAAUGUACAACAAGUGGAGCAGGCCCUUCUUAUUGUCAAGGACAUUAUCACUUUUACAUCAGCACGCAGUCACGCCUUGAUGGAGUACAUUGUAGCGCAGGGUGACAAAGUUGACUUGCAUGUCUCGAAAGAAGAUCCACAGAAUCCAAAGGUGAUUAUCUUUUCAAAGAAAUUAAGGAAUUCAAAAAGGGAGAAGACAGGUUCUAACUGAUUUUGAAAUAAUUUUUUUCUCUUUUUGUGUGUAUGUUAGGAUGUAGUGAGAAUUUGGAUUGCAUAGUGUGCAUUAAAUUGUGUGACAGGGUUGUUAUUUGAAGCCAUUAUGCAGUGGAAACCUGCCAGCUGUCAGAAUAUUUUGCACUGGCUAUAAAAGUUACUUGAACAUGUCCCAUAAUGCAAGAAAACUCAUAGAUCUUAAUUAGGGAGUUUUAAAUUGUUUCGUGAUCUCCUAGGUAUCCUUUAGGCUAUAGCUUGUGACAAUAUGUUAUGAGGAAACAUUGCAGUGACAAGUGGCUUCAUUUGAUGUGUUGAAUUUUAGUGAAAGUCUUGGUCCCAGUGACACAAUUUUGAUACAGCUGCAAGUUUAAUGCAAAUUCAAACUGGUUUUUGAAGUUGAACACUGUUCAUAGCAAUGAAAUGGCUUAAGCUUGCCUCAUAGACUCGUCAUAGCAUCUUGUUACCAAGCCUUAAGAUCCCACUUUGAAAUCCCUCUGGGGAUUGGAGUGAACUCACAAUUAGCAGUUAAUCAUAAACUAUUAUUAACUGAAGAUAGUUGACAUUACUACACUGCUACUCAUGCAGUAUAUGUUUUUUGAUGGUUAUUCGCAUACUAAAAGUGUUUGUUCCUUUUCGCUUAAAGCCUCUCAGUAAGUUUACUUUUGAGGUGGUCCAUAUGCCAGAUAUGUUUUUUGAUGGUUAUUCGCAUACUAAACAUUUUUGUUCCUUUUUGCUUAAAGCCUGUCAAUAAGAUUACUUUUGAGGUGGCCCUUAUGCCAUAUAUAUUUUUUGAUGGUUAUUUGCAUACUAAAAAUUUUUGUUCCUUUUCGCUUAAAGCCUGUCAGUAAGUUUACUUUUGAGGUGGCCCAUAUGAAAGGCAAGGUCAUGAGGUUGAGCAGGCUCAUUCUUGUGACCUCACCCCCCUGGCACUGGAACCCCAAGUAGUACUCUGUUCACUGGCUUUUUUGAAAUGUGGCUGGUCCACCAAGAAAAGCGCUGGUAAUAGGGCAAAUUUUUAAAGAAUGUGGCUUUAUCAUUGUUCCCAAAACAUUUUUUUUUUUCAGAAUUUAAUGUAUUGGCUCUGUAGAGUUAAAUUUUUUCCUAUGAGCUCAAAGAGUCAAAUUGGUAGGUGUAAGUAAAUUCAUAGAUUUUGCAAAUGUAAUGUGCAAUUUGCGUGAUACUUCCUGCUAAGAUCCGCCUUUGUUCGUAAGUAGUAACCCUUCAACUCCCAGAAGUGAUCAAAAUGUGACUUCUCCCUGUAAUAUCCAUACAUUAUCCAGCAAAUAGGUGAUGAGAAUACUCAGACUUAUCAGGUAGAAGUUGUUACCUGAUGUAGCACCAAAUUCUUAUCACUAAUUUUUGAGGAAAUGUGUAGCAGUUAGAGGGGAGAAUUAACAAAUAUCAGACUUUGGGAGUUGAAGGGGAACCAAGAAUACAAUGUACUGUUACAAGCACGAAAUAGCAAGUUGGCUUAGUUAUACAUACAGUGGCUGCAGCAUAAGUCCUUUUUUUCUUGUUAAAAGGUUAUCUGGUCUUGAUUUCAUAGAAAUGAUGAUUUCAGGAAUUAUAAUUGUUUAUUUCUCACUGCGGAUGAUAUUAGACAUGAGUAUAUUUUAAAUUGGAAAGGAUGAAGAAAACUUCUGACCACAAUCACCUUGUGUGAGGUGACUGCCAUACCAAAGCACUUAUUUUCACAAGAGCUUCCCUGUUAUUUCUUUCUUAUUCCUGAAAAAGGAAAAAAAAAGAAACUUCUGUUAAGAUAAAUAAGUAAUUAUACUUAAACUACAGUUUUUAAUGUUCAGAAUAAUUAUUUUUUACCUUCAUACUCAGUGAAUAGUGUUAAAUUAAAAUUUCACAGUAUUCACCUAACCUUAGGUAAAUAAGUUAAUUAUUUUUGCUCCCUUGACAUUCAUAGGUAGGGUAGUGAGAGAAGGGAGGGGGGGGGGAAUUCACUUUGGGGCAGAUACUUGAGCCAGGCUGACUUGGUAGGCAGGUGUGACCUAUUGAACAUUAUUGUAUGCCUUGCAGUUCAAUAACACUUACUUGAAACUAAAUUAUCAUGUAAUUUUUAUAUGCCUUUGGGCCUUAUCUUUUUAUGGCUAAUGACCAAAUAUCAUUUCUUUGUACUGUCUGCAAAAAAAAAAAAAUGUGUUACAAUUUUAACUCUGAUAAUUUGUGUUAAAAAAGAAACAAUGCCUCUCAGUUGAUCCUUUUCUUUCUUGUUAUCACUGAUCUGCCUAAAAUUCUAUUGAGAUUGUAAGGAAAAUUCCUCAUUGGGAUUGAAAAGGCACAUCACUAUAGGCAAUACCUUGAUGAAAGUCACCUUGAGAUAUCUAGCCGGCCUAGAUAACAGAGCCAGCCUCAAUUUUGUUAUCAGCCUUUAGAUUUCUAAGCCCUUUUUUUCAUUUUUUUUUUGCUGUAACACUAUUAGCUGUGCAUGAAGUUAAUAUAUGAACAAUAACACUCAAAAUCAAGGUGUAUAGUAAAAAUUGAAAUUGAAUUUUUGCUAUUGUGAACAACAUUUAUUCACUGGAAACUAAAGCAAUAAAUUAUCUUACUUCAUAGCUUUGAAAUGUAUUUAAACUUGAUGAAAUUGUGUUUAAAAAAAUUUGUUGAAAGAUAUUUUGUGGGUAUAGAUAUAAAGUAUGGGGGAAUUUAAUCAAUUUGCACAAACAAGAGCAAUAAAGAUGUUUUUCUGAAAAAAUAAUAUAUUCCACAAUAAUUAUUAUUACUAUCUAUAGUCUGAAAAUCUAUACUUAUUUAUUGUUUGACGAUAGUGUGAAAGUCACAUAGUGGUCAGGUAGCUCACUGCUAAUAAUGAGCUUUUUUUCUAUUUUGAUUCAACUUUGUAUUUUGUGAAGUUCUUAAUAAAUUCUUUUGAUCCAGUUGCUAUA